UAUGCUCGGCAAAAUAUUGGCCUGUGGGAAUGGCACCGAAGUAGUUGACACAAAACUAUUGGUGCAUUGUAUAAACAAAACCUCAGCAGACGACAUCUUGGCAGCUCAAGAGGCUAUGUCGUGGCAUCGGAGGGACAGGGCACGCUAUGAACUGAUGUUUGGGGCAGUGGUGGAUGACGAUCUCUUUACACAUCAUCCCGAGGAAUUACUAAAUGACAAAACGUCUGCCUCAUUCCAGCUUUUCCGAUCUGUAGAUUUUCUCGCAGGCGGGACAGACAAGGAGGGAUCCAUGUUCUACGACAUUUUCUCUGGAAUGUUGUCGGAAAUGUUCAAUAUUAGCCCUGCGGGUGGCUUUCCAGCAGAAAUUGUGUGUGAAUUCUUGAUCCCUGGUUUAGUAAAAGAUUUGUUUCCAAAUUGUUUGCAUAAACGGGUUCUAGAGCAAGCAAUUUGUCAUAAGUAUCAUGGAAAUGAUGACCGUUCGCGUGCAAGUAAAAUGCUUGAUUUAUACGGGGAUGUCUUGUUCAUCAUUCCUGUUGUCAAAUGGCUUGGUGCACACUCCAAGGAAAAUUCAAUGACGUCUAGCUACCAAUACAUAUUUUCACGACAUUAUACUUCCAAGAUGGACUCAACAUUACCUGAAUGGUUCCAUGGCACCCCUCACACGGCCGAAAAACCACUCCUGUUCCAAGGGAUCCAUGAACCCAACAACGUUUUGAAUGGUAUAGAAGAUUUAACACUAUCUAAGAAGAUUAUAACAUUUUGGACUAACUUCGCAAAAUACGGAAACCCAAACGACGGAACAUUUCCCGACUGGCAUACCUUCAACGACAGUGACAGACACUUUUAUAACAUAAGCUACAAGCCAUCCUCUUCUACACAUGUUUUCCGAGACAGAGUCUCGUUCUGGAUGUUAGAGGUUCCCGAAAUCAUCAUGGCGUCGUGUCAUCACCAGGAGCUGUAAGAUGGUUGCUUGCUGUGAAAUGUUGGAGAUAUAAAUUUAUACAACGUAUAACUAUUGUUUAAUUUCAUCAUUCAACAUAAAUUAUAGAUUAGUACUGUAGGUACAAUUGUAUCAUGGUAGUUUAGUUUUGUGUGGUAUAUAGUAGAUACAGCAUUUUUAGCAACAGGUGUAAGUUUUGGUAGAUAUAGACAUACGGGGGCUACGGAAGUAUCUAUGGUUACUACAGACCGGUAGUGGCUAUGGUUACUUCUGAAUGGUAGUUGCUAUGGUUACUAGAUACAAAUGAUCGCUAUGGUCACUAGAGAUUAAUAGUGGUUGUGGUUAUUUAAAUUGGUAGUAGCCUUGAUUACAACACACUGUGAUCGCUAUGGUUACUACAGAUUUGUAGUUGCUAUGGUUGCUAUUGACAAAUAAUCGCUAUGGUCACUAGAGAUUAAUAGUGGCUGUAGUUAUUUAGACUGGUAAUAGUCAUGGUUACAAUAGACAGUGAUCGCUGUGGUUAGUACAGAUUGGUAGUUGCUAUGGUUACUAUUGGCAAAUUAUCGCUAUGGUUACUACAUAUUGGUAGUGGCUGCGGUUACUUUAGACUGGUAGUAGCUAUGGUGAAUAUAGACUAUUAUCACUAUGGUUACUAAGGACUGGCGGUAGCUAUAACUACUUUAGACUAGCAGUAGCUAUAGUUUUGAAGUGUUUUAGCUACAGUAACUAUGGACUAGUCGUAACUAUGCACAGGUCUUGGAAUACAUGCGCAGUAACUAUACACUGGUGGUAAAGUUGGUAGUUAAAUGUACAUCCAUAUGAAAUAUUUAUGAUAGAUAAAGAUGCGUGGUAACUAUGUUUAACUAUAGACGAUUGGUAGCUUUGGUAAAUAGACGGGUUGUAAGGUUUUGGUAGUUAUGGUAGUUCUAGACAGUGGUAGUUAUAGUAACACUAAACAGAUGGUAGCUAUGGUAACUAUAUAUAUGUGGUAAUAACUAGAAUAUACAGGUGGUAACAACAGACAUGCGAUAGUUUAUUGGCAGAUGUUAGAAAUAAGCAGGUGGCAAAUACACUGAUAAACUGAUACACAGACAGGACUCGCUGACAUUCUGUAAACGUGCAUAUUUUAGAGGUAAUAUAAUUUUAACGUUUUUUUCGUUGAAAGCCGUACCUGCACUUAAUUAUUAUUGCGCUGAUUUUCUUAUAUUGUUUUAUAUGGGAACUAUCAUUACUGCACUAAUUCAUCAUUGUUUUAAUCUGUUUGGAUUUCAAUUAUUUUGGGGAUACGAUAAAAUUUGAGUACGCCAAAAUUAAUGUGUUUACAGUAUAUAUAUACAGUAGUUAUGAAUAGGUGCUAGCUAAACACCAAGACAAUUUGACUUGGUAUAAUGUAUAACAUAAAUGACAAUGUCAUAAGACUUUGUCAUAGUUUUAAUUUUGAUCUUUAAACUUCGAUACAUUUGUAAAAUGAAAUGCACACGGUGUGUAAGAGAACGUUCCUCUGUUACUGUACUGUGGUAUCUUAAAGGUCCUUAAUCAGACACUUUACGGUCAAUGUCGCACUUUCUGGUGAGAGAUAAGAACCACGUUAUAUCAGGUAAAUUUGGACGUUAAACACCAGCUAGGUAAGUAGGACAUCAUUCACUUUCCCGCUUUUAGAUAUACAACUGCUGCAUUAACACAGAUACUUGAAAUGAUAUCUUAUGAGUUACAAAACAACCGCGAAAUCUAGUAAAAAUAUAACUACAAAAAUAACUUUGAUUCUGAUUGUAAAUGUCCUGGAACUGGAAUCGGUUUUAUAAGCGUUUCUUAACUUUAAAACUGACAUAGGAAUGCAUUAAUAUCGGAUUUAGGAUGAAAGUUAGCGAGCUUUCCUUAAAUUAUGUUAUGCUCUCCCGUGGAAAAUGUUAAGGUAAGAAAGAAACCGGGACCUGGUGACACAUUUUCCGUCAAGUUUCGAUGACGCAUUUAUACGUCACAAGAAAUGUAGUGCUUUGAAGAAAUUACAAUGCUGCCAAGGGAGAUAAUUCUAUGACACGUAGCCAAUUGUAUCUAGUUUGAUAGUGUUUUGAAUUUGAAUAGUCUGGAAUAGGAAUAGUAAGUUAAUGAGAAUAUCCAAGACCAAAACUCCUGAUUUAGCAAGAUGAAAACCGAUGUGGAUUAAGCACUAUUUAUUUAUCAUAUAUUUAUUUAUUUAUUUAUCAUUCGUUUACAUAUAUGUAUAUCUUUAUUUGUUUUCCAGCAUUAAUUAAUGAUGCGACAAGGUGUGGUAUAUACAGUCUUGGUUUUUACGGUUCUGGUGGUUAAAAUUACCGGACAAAACACGAAAGUCAUCGCGACUGCCUCUGGACAACUGCAAGGGCUCGUGACUUUAGCAAAUGGCUCGACCGUUUACCAGUUCAGGAAUAUCCCAUACGCAAAACCGCCUAUAGGUGAACUUCAGUUCGCAAAGCCAGUCGAAUAUGGCUCUUGGACCGGCAUCCGUAACGCAACGGCCUAUGGUCCAGCAUGUAUUCAAGAUGUCCCCAAGGGUAAAAACCAGAGCAUUUCCGAAGAUUGUUUGUCAUUAAAUGUCUACGUUCCUGUGAGCACGGUUGGUAGAAGGACGGUUAUGGUUUGGAUACACGGUGGAGGGUACAUCAAAGGGGACGCCGCCAUGUUUGAUGGAUCAUAUCUCGCUUUACGUGGUGACGUGGUGGUCGUUACAAUAAAUUAUCGUUUGGGGGUCUUUGGCUUCCUCAGUACCAAUAACACUGUUUUACCUGGCAACAAUGGCCUCUGGGAUCAGCAGUUAGCACUGAAGUGGAUAAAAUCUAAUAUCAAAGCUUUCGGAGGCGAUUCGGAUUCCGUGACAAUAUUUGGUGAAUCUGCCGGUGGGUUUAGUGUUGGAAUUCAAUCAAUUAUUCCCCAAAAUAAAGGAUUAUUCCACAGAGCUAUUGCUCAAAGUGGCGCAGCGCCCUCUUUCGUCAGCAUUGUUCAUCAGCCUUUGAUAUUCACUGGUUCGUUUGGGGAACGAAUCGGGUGUCAUUUCAAUUAUACAAACUCGCCGAUGUUUUUAAAAUGCUUGAAAACCAAAACCGUUGAAGAACUCCUCAAAGCCCAAAUAAACGCCUCGGCCCCUGUCUCAGUAGCGCCAUUUACGUUUGGGCCUGUUAUUUCUCCUGUUGUCGACAGGGAUCUGCUACCGGAUGUUCCAUCGGCCCUCCUGAAGAACAAAUCAUCGGAAGCAUACAAAUUCUUCCGGUCUCUAGACUUCAUGGCGGGAAACGUUAACAAAGAAGGCUCAAUUCUCAUUAACAAAUAUCUUCGUAAUUUCUCGCAGAUUUUCCAUUUCGACCCGGAAAUGGGAGUCCCAAAUUAUGUUGUGUGUGACGUCUUGGCUCCUGCAGCUGUUAGCGCAUUCUUCAAAAAUAUUGUUAAGAACAAAACGAUUGAAAAAGAAAUAUGUGACAAAUAUAAAGACAAUGAUCUUGGGGAGGAAGGAAACAAAAUGGGAGAUCUAUUUGGUGACGCUUUUUUCGUGGUCCCAUCUGUAAUAGCUCUCGAUGUCCAUUCUAAUGGAAACAACGAAACCAAUACAUUCCAGUAUAUUUUCAACCGACGCAAUCCUGCCAUGAAGGGAAAUGGUCCAUAUCCACAGUGGUUUGUGGGAACACCCCACGCGUCGGAUAACGUGUUUCUCUUUGGGAUUCAGCAACUGGCACAGCGAAUUCACGUCUCUGAUGAAGAUUUGGAUCUAUCUACGCAUAUGCAACAAUCUUGGGCCAAUUUUGCUAAAACUGGAAAACCUUCUGCUGGUGGUUCUACGAUUUGGCCGAUAUUAUGACGGAAUCAAUCGAAUGUACCUCAACUUGGAUGACACAAUAUCUGUCAAGGAACACAUCUUUGCUGAUAGAGUUUCGUUUUGGACGGAGAAAGUGCCAAUUUUCUGAAAUGCUACAUGAAACAUACAAUAAAUAAGCUAUACAUGCAAUAAUAAUGAGUA